UUGCCACCAUGGUGUGUUUUGCUAUCGGGUGCCAUCAGUCAUCAUGUGGCACCUUUGAAACGCACCAGUACGUGUUCAGGAUUGGCCAGUAUGACUGCGAAUGCGAGCCAUUUAGAGCUGGUCAGAUGAAGUUUGUUGAAGGGAAGGUAUACGUGUGUGAUGGUACUGAGUGGAAAGCCCUGCAGUACGAAGCACCAUUAGGUUCCAGAAGUGACCCCGGAUUUUCGUGCAAAGACAUCAAGGCUCACUUGAAGGACGCGACUAAUGGCAUUUAUUGGAUCACCUUGACGGACAGCAAAGACUCUUUCCCAGUUUACUGUGACAUGGACGCCGGAGGCUGGACCAUGGUGUUUAAAGCUGUUAGUGGAAUCCAUAAAAAAGUGUAUCCUACUUUCAACUCGCCUCACACAUCCUCUGAGAAAGUCAUGGCCGCUCUCGACGUCACGAACAAACACAAAGACCACUACAAGAACAGAAUAGUGUUGAACUGGGCUGACUUCCACGCUUCUGAGGCAAGAGUUGUCCUAUACACUGGAGGAAAAAUCGUGAAGGAAGUAAAGUUAAACGCGAGGGGAUCAGACAAAUUGAAUUGGUUUGCGACUCCCAGACUGAUCGACAGCUCCUGGAGUGACAUGAAAUCCCAACCAAAGAACGUAUUUUCUAUUCCCGGGCUGCACAAUCGCAACUUCUUCAUCAACAGAAACUACGGCGGAUGUCCUCGGGAUGCCGGAUGGAUGACGAUCACGGGUCAGGAUUGCGAUUGGGAGAGGCGCUUCAAUCCUCGACAAAAUGUCAUCAUCUAUAGCAAACUGCAGGGAUACACCAACUGGAACCACUACGGGAAUGUCGCAGAAGCUGAUGUGUUGGUGGUUUAU